CAAAAGGCUUUCAGUUCGGAUAAAACUACAUUUCCCACAAAUCUCCUCGCAUGGCGCAUGCGUAGUAGCGUCAUAACGACAUGAAGAACUGUUAUGUUUUCAGUAGCAACCGUCAAUCUGGACUGAAUAAAGUCGUUGUAAAAGACUGAAAUAUGUCCACUCUACUUGAUGAGACAGCAGCAGAUGUGCCAGUCAGAGACAUCACAGUAACUCUGUCCCGACUUUCAGCAGGUCCACAAGAUUCAUCCGUGUAUCAAAAUGCUCGGGCGCGACAAGACAUCUCGCGGGUGUCCAGGGAGGAGCUGGAGGACCGGUUCCUGCGCCUCCAUGAGGAGACACUGCACCUCAAACAGCAUAUUCACAAACAGGAUGACAAGAUCAAGAAGCUGGGCACUAAGCUGAUGAGGCUGGUGAAGGACCGGGGUCGUAUCGAGCAGCUGGCAGUGGGGGGAGGCCAGCCGGCCUCCAGAGUGCGGGACGUGGAGAUGGAGGAGAUGAUAGAGGAGCUCCAGGAGAGAGUCCGGGGACUGCAGGCCGAGAACGAGGGACUGAAACAGCGCCUCCUCGUGGCCAAGCAGCAGCUCAUCAACUCGCAGAGCAGGAGGUCGACGCCAUACAGCCACGUCCAAUCACGAGUCAGCUCUGGGUUAAAGAAGCUGCGAGAUGACGCUUCCUCUCCUUCUCACACACGACCAAAAAGUACCAGGAGUUUGGAGGGAGGUGGGAGACCCCCGACCGGCCUCGUACCUCGAUUCGGACACAACCUGCUGGAGGAGGCGAGGGCCGAGAUCCGCAACCUAGAGAAUGUGAUCGAGCUCCAGCGGAGCCACAUGGAGGAGAUGGAGGGAGUCUCGGAGCGGCUGCGGGACGAACUGAGGAAGAAGGAGGCAGAAUAUCAGGAGAGGCUUCUGCAGGUCCGACAGCAGCAGACCUCCAAACUGAGGUCACAUGUCAACAGCAACGUGACGAUGAUCAAACUGCAGAAGCAGCUGGCUGACAGGUCCAGCAGCGUAACCGAGCUGGAGGGCCGAUUUCUACAACUACAAGAGAGUCAGAGGACCCUGAAGGUCAGUCAUGAUGCAGCGAUGCUGAAGGUGGACGAGCUGUCGGGUCAGCUGAAAGACGAGAGGCAGAAGAGUUUGGACCUGGAGAAACGGCUGCAGAGUUCGACCAUAUCCAAGAUGAAGAUGGAGCAGUUGCAGGAGCAGAUCAGUGAACUGGAGCAGGAGAAGGACCUGCUGAGGGAGAACAAUGAGAAACUGGUCAACAGUGCCUUUGAUGUGUCUCGGCAACAAAAGUGGCAGAUUCAGGAGCAGCAGCUGAAGUUACAGAUCGCCCAGCUAGAGACGGCGCUGAAGGCUGACCUCGUCGACAAAAACGAAAUCCUCGACAAAAUCAAGGCCGAGAGAGAUACAAGUGAGAAGCUGGCAGAAGAGAAUAAGAAACUUCAGAUCCAGUUUCUGGAACAGAAGCAGCAGCUGGAGGAACUCAGUGAUCAUUUGAAAUUCUACAGCAGGGAGAGUGAGUACGACGUGGCCGAACUCACCGAGGCGCUGCUGCUCAUUAAGACGCGUAACUCCCAGAGGAGCGGACAUCUGGACUUCCUGAAGGAGGUGGAGGAGGGAGCGAGCAGCAACGCAGAGAGCACCGUCCGAGAGCUCCGAGCCGCUCACGCUGAAACCAUCCAGGAGCUGGGCAAGACCAGAAACCUCCUCAGCAUGGAGAGCAAGAUCUGCAAAGACUACAAGGCGGAGCUGGAAGCUGUGUUAAAGAAGAUGGACAGCGACAGAGUCGAGUAUGAGCAGAAGCUGGAGCGGCAGGCCCAACUGCUGGACACGAGGGCAGCGAAGAUCAAGAAACUGGAAGCUCAGCUCAGAGACAUCGCCUACGGCAACAAAACCUACGUCUUCAAACCAGGCAUCACAGAUGAAGGCGAGACAGAUGAGUUUGAUGAAACUCUUCAGUUCGAGCAUGGAGAGAACCUUGUUGAACUUCAGAUAGUCGCCGCCACGCUGUCUCCGUCCGCCCUGGAGGCUCUGGGCGACCCUGAACCCUCCACCUUCUGCACCUACUCCUUCUAUUUGUUUGAGCUGCACUCCACUCCGGUGGUGACGGGCCAGAAACCAAAAUAUGGGUUCACAUCUAAGUACGUGGUGAGCAUGGACGACCGGUUCCUGGACUAUCUCCAUAGAUGCUCCGUCACCGUCGAGCUGCAUCAGGCCCUGGGUUUAGACUGGAGGACAGUGGCGACUGGUCAGCUUCGGCUGCAGCAGCUACUAGAGCAAGACGGAAAAGUUCAUGGGAGCGUGCCGCUGGUCGGUACGUCCGAUAAGGCGUGGUCCUUUGGCUCAGUGGAUUACUGGCUGAGGCUGAGGAUCCCCAUGACAGAGACCAUCCGUCUGUACAAAGAGAAGGUGAAGGCCGUCGGCUACAUCAACACUGCACUGAACCAAGACGCACAGCUGCAGCCACCCAGCAGCAGCUGGAAUGAACUCUACGUCACUGUCCAACGCUGCCGAGACCUGCAGUCCAGAAGCUCCCAGCAGCCGAGCCCCUACGUGGUCUACAAGGUCUUUGACUUCCCAGACCACCCGACCGCCACCGUUCACGACUGCUGCGACCCCCACUUCAACGACCUCAAGUCCUACUCCGUCCAGAUGGAUGUAGAUCUGGACCAGCACCUGAAGUCUGAGGUCCUUCAGUUUUACGUGUUCGACUACAAAGAGGAGCGGAUGGACACGUACCUGGGGAAGGCCAGAGUGCCUCUGCUGUCACUGGCCCAGGACAAGGGGGUCACUGGUGUGUUUGGGCUGACCGAUCCCUCUGGACUCCCCGCCGGCCAUAUUGAAGUGACGCUGAAGUGGAAGUUCACUUACCUCCCUCCGCCGGGCUCCAUCAUGACCGUCAAAGAGCCAAAGCUCAUCCCAAAAGAGAAGCACGUCGAGUUGACGGCUGAGCCGAGGCGGCAACAGCGCAGCGUGGAGGAAGAGAAGAAAGAUGCCGACACGCUGCAGGAGGAAGCCAAAGACCUUUUUCAUCGCUCCGCCUCUCUGCCUGAGGUCGCCACUGCGUCUAAGGCCCCGCUGCCCAAACUCAGACACAAGACACAAGUAAAGGAGGGACUGACGGCCAAAAAAGUCACAUUUGUAGAUCCCACAGCUGCGAACGACCAGGUUUUGUCAGAAGCGACUCCUCAAAGCACCGCAGAGGAAGAGGAUGAAGAAGAAGAGUCUCACUUCUCUGAAGGACAGCUGGUCCCAACGAGCUCUCAGUCCUGCUCAGACGAUUCUGAAAUCUCUGAGGAAAUCGUCGAAGAUGUCGAGGAGGCUCCAGCAGCCGAAGAGGAUCAGAGUGAAUCGAUUCAGUCCGACAGCGAUGACUGCAUUGUUCAUGGACAGGCCACGGGGAGGAAGCCCUCCCAGCGAGUGCGGGUGGAAAUUAUGUCUCUGAGCUUGAGGCCGGAGUCUCGGGCGGCCCGGGACGGCAGCGUGGUGCGUCUGUUUGUGGAGUACUCUCUCCUGGAUCUGCCCACGGAGGAAACCCCCCUGUCUCUGCCCAAACCCCCCCGGGGCAAGAGCAUCAACUACAACUACAGCAAAGUCAUUCCUGUGGACGCAGAGAACAACGGGGCGAGGCGGCGGCUGCUGAGGGGCGUCCUGCAGGGACGAAACCCUGAGAUGGAGAGAAUCCGGUUCACGGUGGUGAGCGAGCCUCCGGAGGAAGAGGAGCAGGAGAGGGAGUGUGAGGACGUGGGAGUGGCCUUCCUCAGGAUCCCUGAAAUCCUGGAGAAACAACGAGACCUGACUGAGACCAGCCUGAGCGUUCUGGACGUGGAGGACGGCAGCGAGGUGGUCGGCAGUCUGACUGUGUCUGUGGAGGGACUGGAGGCUCUGCAGGCCAUCAUGGAGGACCAGGACCAGGACCAGGAGCAAACCCCCGUCUCCUCUCUGCUUACAUCAGCAUGAGGCAACGACACUGACUCAACAUCACCUGACUCCACCGACACGGCAGGACCGACUCAGUGCUUGGUGAACGGGGGUUCAUUCAGGUUUUGCACUCUGGUGGUUUUUAGUAGAUAUUUGCACUGUGAAACAUGUCAGUUACUGCAUGUUCACACGUUUCUAAGCAUAAGGGGACUCGGAGUGUUUGAAUGAAUGACUGUUCAGGUCACUUCAACUGUUUCUUUGCCCAGGAGGCGCAGAUUUGGUUAUUUGCAGGUCAAAAUAAAUGCAGGGUUUUUAACCACGUUAGCAGCGCGGCUCUUUUUAAUGUUAAUGUCUGCCUGUCUGUCCACCUCUUCGGUCCAGACUGAAGCGUCUCAGCAGCUGCUUCAUCGUUCAUGCUCCCCUCAGGAUGAACUGUAAUAACUCUGCUGAUCCUCUGACUUUCCAUCUAGCGCCACCAUCAGGUCGACACGUUAACGAGUCUGCUGAACAUCAGCAUGUUAGCAUUUAGCUCAAAGCACCGCUGUGUCUGAGUGCAGCCUCAUAUAUUUCAGACAUCUAGGUUACAUUUAGCAAUUGUUUCAACAGCAUUUCAGUGACGAUACUUUAGUGUGUAAUAAGGAUUUGUUUCAUAUUGAAAUUCAGUCGUUACGUGUAACCAGAUCGAUCCCAGUUUUAAUGUGAACUUCGACACGUGUUUUGACCUGGAACUCACCAAACGGCUGCUCCGUGUGAUGGAAACAUGGUAAAGAAGCUGCGCUGGUCAGACUUGGCUGACGUCGGCAGGUGAACAGUCACCAUGUGGAAGUCUCAAUAAAAAGUGAACAUAAAGAUAAAGUGUAGUUUCCUUCCCUGUUAGAGAGGACUGUACUGUAUGAAGACAAAUGUACUGCGGUACGAUUAGGGAGACGUUAAUAUAUAACUGUAUCCUUACAUCCAGAAGCUAUUAUGACGUAUGUAAAGGUUUGUUGAUAAAACGUGCUGUUACAAUGAUCUAUUUUUAAAUGUGAAAAGAAUUUAAAGUUUGUACUGCAUUGAUGCACUGCAGUUAUUUAAUGUAUUUUAGGCAGAGGGGAUUCGUUAGUGAGUCUUCACCUGUUGAUGGGAUAUUUCCUGUAGCUCGGGUUCGGGGGACGACGAGCAGCGGUUUCAUUUAAUUUAGACGCUGGUCCAAACCUGCAGAAUAAUGUUUGUAAUGUUGUUUAUAGGAGAGAAAGGAGUCUUACAAGCGUGCCUUAAAUUUGAAACUUCCUGUAUGAUGUUUUGUAUUGUGCUCUAAUAAAGAGUGUUUUUUCUGUA